UUCGUUUCCUGUCAAAGAAAAAGUAGAAAUUAAACACCUCGACUCGAAGAUUAUUGCAUUGCUUCAGAUUUACGUCGUUUCUUUCUUCAUUUUAAAAUGUCAAUGCGAGUCAUUAAGAAUGAGUUUUACAUGGAUUCGACUAUUUCGCUGGCUCUCUUUAGAAACGUUGAAAAUGCCAAAGAAGUAAGACAAAAUGUGAUGAAUGGCAGAAUGGUAUUUGAAGGAGCUCUAUUGAAGCCUUCAAUGAUUUGUGAUCCUUUCCAAGUAAUUGUAGCAGCCAACAGAGCCAUUCAUUUGAAAAGACAGAAUAAGAUGAUAACAAAGAAUGUUCAUUCAGAAAUCUUAUUUUGUCUAUCACCAACUAAAAAUAUAUCCGAUUCUUUUCGGAAGUUUGGCUUAGCUGAUAAUGAAACUAGUGUUAUGGUAGUUGUUGCAGAUGACAUAGAUGGCAGCACCAUGUCAGCAAUAUGUAAAUGUGUUAAAGGGGAAUUAAGUGAUGUGCAAGAUGUUAUACAUUUGACAGAAACAAAGCUAGUACAGAAGAUUUACAAAAUACCAGAUGAGGAAUUAGUAGUUAGUAAAUUACUAGACAGUAUUCUUUCCAGGAUAUCAAGUAAAGAUGUCUUAACAUUAUGAGACAAAGAGCUACAUCUAGCAACCUUAUAGCUGAUAUGUUAUAAUAACAACGAAAUAGAACAGAUCAAACUGUGACAUUUGGCAUUUGUGACUGAAAAAGGAAUUGUGGUGUUUUAGAAUAAUGUUAGCGAAUUGUGAGAAGAGGAAAGUAAAACACAUAGAAAAGAACACUGUAUGAUCUACAUGUAUUACCUAUUUUAAAAUUAAAAACCUUGUUACAUGAA